UGAAAGUAUGUGGAAUAAUAUAUUGCUGUUUUCAGCUAACGCCUCUCUUCCAAUUUCUUCAUCAUAGGAAACAAACCCAAAGCCAGAACCUUUUCUGUGAACAUAAUUCUCGGGAAUUUUGGAGACCAAGUGUUGUUCUUUUCUUUAACCUGUUUUGGAUUUAUUGUUGGGGGAAUUAAAGAUGAAAAAGCAGAGAGAUGAAAGAUGAUUGUGAUGGAGCAAGUGCCGGGGGCGUUGGGAACUAGCGCUAGCUUGGCUCUUCGGUUGGGACAAAUCGUUUUCUCCUCUGCUUCACUUCUUUUCAUGUGUUUGGGGGUCGAAUUCUUUAGCUAUACUUCUUUCAGCUACCUGGUGACGGUCAUGGGCUUGGUAGCGCCAUGGAGCUUGUCGUUGGCAUUGGUCGAUGCAUAUUCCGUGUUUAUCAAAUGCUUACCACGACAACCGAGGGUACUGCUGAUCGUCAUCGUUGGAGACUGGGCCUUGUCGUUUCUCUCGCUGGCCGCGGCCUGCUCGACCGCUAGCGUUACAAGCCUCUUGGCGACUGCCGGCACAUCGUAUUGCCCGUCCAAGUUAUGUAGCCGGUUUCAGUUUUCGGCGGCCAUGGCAUUCUUGUCCUGGUUCUUAUCCUUUGCUUCGACUCUCUUCAACCUCUGGCUCCUUCCUUCUUUAUAGCACCUCGCUACUUUCGAACCCAUUCUUCAUACAGGAAACCCAGUAAGCAAAUCUUGACAGUUUCUUAUAUGCUCAAAUCAUGAACUUGUACAUUUACGCUUGGCAAAAGAAUCUUGAACGAAUGAUUAAAUGUGAUUAGACUUGUUCAUGCUCUUCAAAUAAUCAUUGAA